UGUAUUAUCCUCUUACGGUGGCUUUCACCCCACAUCAACACUCAUCCUGCAAAGCUGCUUGCCUGCCAGUGUCUCAGUUUGCUAACACAGCGGAGCCAUGGCGAGUCCCGGACAGAAAGUGGUGCUGAUCACCGGCUGCUCCUCGGGCAUCGGCCUGAGGAUGGCCGUGAUGCUGGCCAAUGACGAGCAAAAGCGCUACCACGUAAUAGCCACAAUGCGUGAUCUGAAACGCAAAGACAAGCUGGUGGAAGCUGCCGGGGAAGCGUAUGGGAAAACUCUCUCUCUGGCCGUACUGGACGUCUGCAACGAUGAGUCCGUCAAACAGUGCAUCAAUGGCAUCAAAGAUCGUCACGUGGACGUCCUCAUCAACAACGCAGGUAUCGGCCUGGUGGGUCCCCUGGAGAGCAUCCCCAUUGAAGAGAUGAAGAAGGUUUUUGAGACCAAUUUCUUCGGGGUGAUCCGCAUGAUCAAGGAGGUGAUGCCUGAUAUGAAGAAAAGGAAAGGCGGACACAUCAUUGUGGUCAGCAGCGUGAUGGGACUGCAAGGAGUGGUAUUUAAUGACGUAUACGCAGCUUCCAAGUUUGCCAUGGAGGGUUUUUGUGAGAGUCUGGCCGUUCAACUCUUGAAGUUUAACGUCACACUGUCGAUGAUUGAGCCGGGCCCAGUGCACACAGAAUUUGAAGCAAAGAUGAUUCAGGAUGUGAAAAAGAAGGAGUACCCUGGAGCCGAUCCUGACACGGUGCAUUACUUCAAGAAUGUCUACCUUCCUUCUUCUGUUGACAUCUUUGAGGCGCUGGGACAAACGCCUGAUGACAUUGCCAGAUGCACCAAGAAAGUGAUUGAGGCGAGCAGCCCGCGUUUCCGUAACCUGACCAACCCGCUGUACACACCGAUCGUGGCGCUGAAAUACGCCGAUGAAACCGGAGGCCUGUCCGUCCACGCCUUCUACCACAUGCUUUUUAACCUGGGCUCUAUAAUGCACGUCAGCAUGACCGCCAUGAAGUACCUCACCUGUGGAUGUCUGAGGAGCAGGACUAUUUCACCUAACUAGAAACUAGAAAUGUUUUGUGCAUUUGGUGGGAACACAAACUCACAAUAGAGCUCAGUUAAGAUUACACAACACUGCCUGAAGUCAUGUAGCUUGGUCACAACACUCAGAUCUCAGAUCCUAUCAUCCAUUAUCUCAUCUUACUCAUCACUUUCCCUUUUGUACAUAUGGAGUAUUUAUUGUUACGAUCAGUCUUCUCUGUGUUCUUGUGUAUAACAUCGUAGAUUAUUAAUAUAUAGUCCAGCGUUCAAAGACUACAGGUGUAUGUUAAGGUUUGUUAUCCUACCCAGAGUGCCAAAUGAGUAGGGUAUGCAUGUAUGAGGCAACAAAGUGAAGACUCGUGUCAUUAUUUGGUUUCCAGCAUUGUCAUUUCAGACAGUGUGAAAUUCGAUUUAGAAAAAAAAGGUAAGAAAGAAUGUCUACACUUUGUUGAUUUGGGGCCAGUGCAUCUAAAUAUUUACAUUUUCCAAAUGCUGGUACUGUACUGGAACUAUUUUGGCAUGGAAAGUGUAAUUUAUGCCAACUGAAAAUGUAUGAGUGCUUAGAAAACUUUUCAGCAAACAUGCAAAAUACGAUUAUACAUAUUGUAUAAUACUACCAUAUUGAUACAUGUACUGACAGUUGCUUUUAUUUAUUAAAUUAUCUGUAAUUAUCUGUAAAUGCAUCAAAACAAAAAUAAAUAAAAGAAAGUCGUGUGGA